CUUAUACUCAGGAAACGCAACGUUUUCGCGCGCUAAAGCUGGAACCCUGGAAAUACGUAGCUGACUGAACUUCAUCUCUAAACCCUGUUUCCAUCACCUGAGGGAUUCAAAGGUUUUUGGGGGUGGGGGCGUAAUCCAGAGGCGGCAAGAGUUUCAGGUUGUUCCCUUUUCUUUUGUGUCGUGAGGAGGAAGGUUGGACCGUUACAGCUUCCAUGGCUACCGACACAGUCCUUCAAGAUCAAAGAAAGCGCACUUUGGCAGCAUUGGAGCGGAGGUUUGCUGCUGAGCACCUUCUACAACAAAAGAAGAACAAAAAGAGCUUAAACGAAGGAGACAUAAAAGAACAUAAUCAUACAGGUUCUUCAGUCAUUGCUUCUUUGGCGGAUAAAACUGAUGCAGCAGUCACUCCCACAUUGGGUGCUUCAUCCAAGAAAGGAAUUUUUACUUUCUCAGGUCACCCUGCUUCACAAGAUCCUGAAGAAAAUGCUCCAGCCUAUUUGCAGCUCUCUCAACCCGUACAUGAGAAUCUGCUGGCAACCAAUAUUAAGCUUUCUAGUCGAGAAGGGCACAUGGUCGAUAAGAUUUUACAUGAGCUUCUUCAGAAUGGUGAUUCAGCUCAGAAGUACAUGCAGGGCUCCAGAAGCAAAAAAAUUGACAAUUGGAUCCUUCUUGAUAAUUUUGUACAAGGGCGUGGUGUAUCUACUGGUUCUCAUACCAGGGCUUUGCGGAUCCAUUCAAAGCGAUCUAAAAGGCACAUGUCCAUGAAACAACAGAAAAAAUGUGGAUCAUUUGAUUUGCCCCAAGAACUUCACAAGUUUGAUAUUUUUAGGCCAAUGCAUGAAAUGUGGAAAGGCUACAUGAUGCAACUGCUUAAAACUAUCGGAAAAAAUCAGUUGGCUCAAUGUCUUCUCAAUGCAGAUCUACAUGGUGCUAUCAUUCUAGUUGCUGAGUGUAAAAUAACUUCUUUCACUGGAGUGAGCGGCAUUGUGAUUCGUGAAACUGCGGAAACAUUUGGGAUAAUUACACAAGAUGAUGUAAUCCAAGUUGUGCCCAAAAAGAUUUCUGUCUUUAUUUUCCAAGUUGAUUGCUGGAAAGUUACAUUGCUUGGGGACAAACUCACUUCAAGAAAUUUGGGCUUGUGAUCUUGUUAUUGAUCAUUGCCUUCCAGUAAAAGUGCGUGUAAAGACUUGAUCAUUGGCUUCUUCUUUCUCGAGACACGCAUUUCAUUGUAGGCCGAGCCUCUAGUUUCCAUUCCUUGUUUCUCUUAGCUUUAAUUGAGUUUUCUUGAGUAUGCAUCGAGACAGGAGAAAGCCACCCGGAACUAAGAAGCUAAGGGAAAUGGUGAUGGGAACAAAAAUUUUCACCCUAGUUGCAAUUGAUUUGCAAGGAGGGAAAUAUACGAAAACACCACACAAAUUCUUAUUUCCAAUUAAUGUGUCGAAUGUAUGAUAGACAUCAUAACCAUAUGGAAUUGGACCUUCUAAAGAAUUGUAUGACAAGUUG